UGUACACUGUACACUGCUUGGAGCUUCAAAAAACCCCACAUUACCUGAGCUGUUGUGACGUAAACCACUGCAAUGUACUUAUCUGAGAAAUAUCAGACAUGCACAAAGUUCACAGAAAUCGACGGCAGGCUGCUCCAGUGCAGCGGUUAAGUUCUUGCUAUUUUUUGACUCGUCUAAAUUUGUUUUGCUUAAAUAUUAAUCUCCAUGCAUGAGCUGUACAAGAGAGACUAAUGUGCUCGAGAGAGAGAGAGAGAGAGAGAGAGAGAGAGAGAGAGAGAGAGAGAGCAGCACACAGUAGCGCGAGACACAUCAUCACAAAAGGCGCAUGCACAAGAAGCAGACCCGUUGCAUUCGUACACCUGUAUUUCAAUCUCGAUUUACAAUAACCCGCGCGAAGGGAAUAUAUCUUAGGAUCUCCGCGUGUGCAGCUCAGACAGAAGCCUGACUGCUCAAUCGUGAUACCCUCUUCUUCCUCGGGAGGCAUAUGUAUUCGGCAUCGCCGUUUCUUCCAGUAAGCACCAAUGCACGCGCGCACCCGCCUCCCUGCGCUCUCAAAUAGAUGGUGCAAGUAAAGAUGUCCAAAUCUUCCGCAGACCCUCUGUCUGGUGUAGAAAGCGCUUCCCAGUCGCACUAUUUCCAGCUUCCACGAAAACUCCCGAAGCGCAAGGGUCGCUUUAAACGCUCCGAUGGCAGCACCUCGUCUGACACCACCUCCAGCUUCAUCAAGAGACAGGGUUCAGCCGAUUCGUACACGAGCAGACCUUCGGAUUCCGACCUGUCAGCGGAGGAGGACCGCGAGGCGUAUCGGCGUGAAGCCGAACGCCAGGCCCAGCUGCAGCUCGAGAGAGCCAAGUCCAAACCUGUAGCGUUCGCGGUGAAGACAAAUGUGAAUUAUUGCGGGGCUCUAGAUGAGGACUGUCCUGUUCAGGGUGCUGCCAUAAACUUUGAAGCCAAAGACUUUCUGCACAUUAAAGAGAAGUACAAUAAUGACUGGUGGAUUGGAAGGCUGGUGAAAGAGGGGGCAGACAUCAGCUUCAUUCCCAGCCCCCUCCGACUGGAGGCCAUGAGACUCAAACAGGAGCAGAAACAACAGAGGAAAAGUGGUAACUCCUCCUCAAGCCUGGGCGACAUGGUAUCGGGAGGUUGGAGAUCCACGCCGCCAUCUGCAGCCAAACAGAAGCUAAAGCAGACUGAACACAUUCCUCCAUAUGAUGUGGUGCCGUCCAUGAGGCCUGUGGUUCUGGUUGGGCCUUCUCUGAAGGGCUAUGAGGUGACAGAUAUGAUGCAGAAAGCCCUGUUUGACUUUCUCAAACAUCGCUUUGACGGAAGGAUUUCAAUAACCCGGGUGACCGCUGACCUUUCUUUGGCCAAGAGAUCGGUUCUCAACAAGAGACCCAUCAUGGAGAGGUCUAACACACGAACCAGUUUGGCGGAGGUACAAAGCGAGAUCGAGAGAAUAUUUGAGCUGGCUAAAACUCUUCAGUUGGUGGUUCUAGACGCGGACACCAUUAACCAUCCAGCGCAACUAGCUAAAACCUCGUUAGCUCCUAUUAUUGUGUACGUCAAGGUCACCUCUCCAAAGGUCUUACAGCGGUUGAUAAAGUCGAGGGGUAAAUCACAGAGCAAACACCUUAAUGUUCAGAUGAUGGCAGCAGAUAAACUGGCUCAAUGUCCUCCUGAGAUGUUUGAUGUCAUUUUGGAUGAGAACCAGUUGGAGGACGCCUGUGAGCACCUCGCUGAAUAUCUGGAGGUCUACUGGCGUGCCACUCAUCUGCCUGGCACCGCCCCCCUCAACCCUCUAUUGGAGCAAAAUCUGAUGACCCCGCCCUCAGCAAUCUCCAGUCUACAGAACCAGCAGCUGUCGCCUGCCGGGGGUGGAGGGGGAGUGGAGGAGGAGGAGCAAGGGGAGCAGGACAGCCUCAUGCCCUCCGACGAGGCCAGUGACUCUCGCUCCCUCCGUCGAGGCGGCUCUAGCUCCCUGCACCCCCCGGAGGACGAGGAAGAAGAAGAGGAGGAGGAGGAAGAGGAGGAAGACGAUUACGAACCCCAACGCCACCCUCACCCGUACCGGGAUGUGUAUCCGCCCAACCGUAACCACCCUGGCGGAAUCCACAGCGCUAAUGGACAUGAGUCACAGGACCGACUCCUGCAGCAGCGAGACUCGCAGGACGGACACAACCAACGAAACAACCGCCAGCGCACGAGAGCCUGGCCAAGAGACAACUACUGAUCGCCUGUCUGCAGGAGUCUGGAGGGGAGGGUUGGGUUGUGAAUUGGGGUGAGGGGUGAUGGGAAUUGGUGAGGAAUAGGAAACGCACAGUGUGUGUGUGUGUGUGUGUGUGUGUGUGUGGACGAAGCUGCCCGUGGUUGAUGAAAAGGUUGUGUUGUUUUCUAAGCUUAUGUGGUUAUUAUUUGACGCAUUGCACUACAUUUGCUUUUAAAAAACAGGGCAGCGUUUCUCCUUUAAGAUCACAUGCAUGUUCAUAUCAAAACAUCUGAGCUUCCUCUAAAACCCCACCCAAGUCAGUUUUAUUUCUUUAUUUUUUUAAUAAACUUUAUUAUUUUGCGUACCACACGCUCUCCCUGAUCCUGAUGAGCACAGAAGGCAAUAUGGGGAAAGGAAAAGCACUUUUAUAGCAUGGGAUGUGAGUCACAAUGAAAGAUAUUGUAGCAUUUUGUUGCAUCCUACUUUAAUAGCUUCCUUUUUUGCUAGUGAUCUUGUAAAUGUGAGUAUUACUCACAAUUUUUUUGGUUCAAGCCCUCAGUCAUGGUGUUGCCUGAUUGGAGCUCAUAUGCACUUGUCUUAUUAUGAGUUGUUUAUUGGUCCUCCUCUGGACAUCUUUCAGGCAAAAGACAUGAAUAGUCAUUUUCACAGUCACGUUAACAGAUGUAGCAAACAUUGCCAUUUGUAAAGCACCGUGUAAACGCGGUGAAUGUAGGAAAGGAAUUCAGGGUUACGCUCUGCUGUCGUAGAGUAAAAUAUUAUUUGGACUAUAGUCUUGGUUUGCACAUGAGCUGAAUUCCAACUCCAAAAUGAAGAAAAGCAGUCGAUCUUCCUACAUUUCCGUACUGCUGCAUAAAGAAAGAACCUAAUUAGGUCAGUGUCACUGGUUUCUUUUUCUGGGAAAUGAGAAAAACUGAAGUUAUUUUACUAUCCAAAAGUGGAUUAGUACCCAUAUAUUGGAUUUUUAUAGAAGUAGAAUGAAGUACAGAUUUGAUGUCCUUUUUUGGGAUAGUCAUGUUGUUCCUUUGUGACUUGAUUGAGUUGAAAGUUGAACUAGGUUUAUAUAAUAUAUACAUUUGCAAGCAAUUUAUUUGUUGACCUUAUCCGAGAUAAGUCAAUCACCUUAAGGCAUCUUGGUCUGUUUUUGAACUUGCAUGCACAUUAGCUAGACUAACCUGAUAUAUAUAUAUAUAAAGGUAAAGAAGCUAAAUUGCGAUUUUUUGUUUUUUGUUUUUUGUAUCAUUGUUUCUGGGUGAUUUGAUCAGUUGUGGAAUGGCUGGCAGUUUUGGUGAUCUCCCCGUUUAAGUAGAUAGGAGUUGUACUUGCAUGACUGGAAACUAGCAUUACCAAAUUGGCCACUGGAUGUACUGGCUCAGAACGAAUUUAUCUUUACCAAGAAGAAUGUGUCUCUUACAAGUGAGUGAUCUUCCUCUGUCCUCCAUUUCUCACCACUCUUUCCUCUCCGAGGCUCUGGGUGUUUAAGGGGGCGGUUCUCGUGGCCUACUUAAAAACAUAGCGUCACAUCUUGCUUUGGCGACACGUUGACUGCUAGCUAGUUUAACCACCUUAUUGGUGGUUACAUUAGCAUAUAUCAACCAGGUUGUGUUACGACCAAAUCCAAGUUUGUCCCUUUUCUCAUUACCAUGACUCUAGACUCGGAUGUUACCUGUAGCAGCUUAGGCUGAGGUUUAUCCAGUGUAGGACCAUUCAAACUGGCCUUAAUACUUAUAUCUUUACCACUGCAUGUCUCAAAUACAAUUAUUUAGGACUAUUUGCACAUUAGGGUUGGAACAGGACCUUUAGAACACUUUAAGUAUAUUAGAGUAGAAAAAUCUACUCCGUUUUUUGUUUUCAAUUUAAAAUCUGCAACAGAAUAUUAGUAACGCAUCUAAUAACAGCUAGUGUAUAUAUAUAUAUUGAAUGAAAUAUCACAGGAUCCUGAAUAUAAUUCUUUAAAAAUGUUACUUUACUUUGUAUUUAUGGAUCUGUAUCGUUUUUAAGAAAUGUUGCGAUGUUUACAGAGUCAGGAUUGCUCUCACUCAGAGAUCGUUGACGUGAGACGCAUUGAAAUAUAUGUAACGUCAGUUGUUGUACGGUUAUGUAAAGUCACAUAAAGUUGCAGUACACUCUCAUGUAGCGCUGUAGGUGUCGUUUGGUUCUUUUGGAAGAAAAAUUACAGUUAAAACAUCUAAGUGUUAUUAAUUGUUGUGAUGGCCUCUAGAUUUCAGGGCAUAUCCAAAAAGCGCCAUUCAGAAAGAGAAAUCCUUGUUUUUCUUCAAAAUUACUUUUUUUUUCCAAAUUAAUGCAAUGUUUAUACAUGGGACGUGUAUUUAAGUAUGAUUUCACAUAGACUACACAGUUCCUUCCAAACAUGCACAGAGACUUGAGUGAAUGUAUAGUUGCAUGCCUUAACACCUCUAGUCCUAAGCACUAAUGCAUUGUCCUCCAAAAGGACAGUGCUAAAUUGACUGUCCCUCAGUUGAUUGUGUUGCAUUGAUUGUACUGGAUCCGUACACUCCCAGAAUGCACUUUCAGAAACAUCCGCCCUCAUAUUAGAUUGUAAAGACUUGUCUUAUUGACCAAAAUCGAUGCCUGAUAUGAAGACUGAGCCAACAGCGUGCACAGCGUCGUAUUAGGACAACAUCACUACUAUAAUACGUUAGCAUCUUAGCUAAAUGCUGGAGGGUUUUUAUGUGUAUGCCUGAAAUACACUGAAAUCCAAACAGGGACAACAAUACUUGGUAAUGGUUACUACAUUGUACUGACGUGGAGAAUGCUAAAGCUUGAAACAUACUCUACGCAAGUUUUCAUUAUUAAAAAUGAUCGUAGUUCACUUCAAACGGUUGCUCCGCAAUUGGCUUGAUGGAGAAACUUACCAUAGAAGAAGAUGCAGUGUGUGCUAUAGUGCCCCUUGUGGCAAUACCGAGGAUGUAAUAAAGUAUGUAGACUAUGUUUCAAAACUAAAAGAGCCUUUCCGUGUCAGAUUGAAGAAAUCACCCAAUUACCUGUUAACAACCCGCAGUGUGUUGAUCUCAGGUCAUUAGACAAGUCACUGUAUCUUCUCAGCUCUUGCCUUUCUUACAUAGUUUCAAAUUGACGUAGAUUGUGUCACGGCUCCGGACACUGUGUUUACAGCACCGAUCGGCCAUUUAGAGGGAAAUGUACUAGGGUGCGCAAGUCAGGGUCAUAGUCCACUGACAAAUGCCUUGACCAAUCCUCUCUUUUAGUGUACUGCAUCUUUAUUUGCUAUCAACAUGUCUCACUUUAAUCUAUCGUUCUAUAUUUAAAAAGUAAAAAAAAUACAAAAAGAAAAUCAGAGCAUGAAAAAAAAAAAUUCUAUGCAAGUGUUGCAUGUGAUCUGAUUGUUCCUUUCGAUUGUUUCUGAUCUACUUUAGUACUGCAUUGAUUCUCGUUGUAAGUAUUAUUCUAUUUAGUAAGACAAUUCACCCUCUUUUAUACUGAGCACAGACAAGGGGCUUCUGCCGCAAAGUUCAUUUUCUUUUAAUUAGCCGUUUUUCGAACUCGUGGGCUUCGAUACCUCCACUGUUAUUUGUUCGUUUGUUUUAACACUUAGCCAUGGCACGUUAUUUGGAUUGAUGUGAUUAGAGAAAUGUUCCAGGUUUAAAUUAAGCUGUGAUGACAGAAUCUGAUCAUACGAAAUUGAAUCUAAUCUUUCAUCUGAUCACGAAGAAAACAAAAACAAUCAGUCAUUCAUUCGUAUGAAGUUUUUGUAAUCGAUAUAAGCACUUUGACGACAACACAAGCUGCACAUUUGAGCUUUUUAACCCUCUAGAGUUUCACCCCCGCAGACUUCCAAGUUCAUUACUGUACGUGUGAUUUUUGAGGGACAAGCCCAAAUUGCGCGUUAACAGGAUUCAGCUUGUUUUUAACUUGGAACAUUCCUUUUAAAAGCAUCGAUCAGAUACUUUUAUGCAAGUCAAGAACUUGCAUCGCUGUAAAUGAUAAGACGGAGAAAAGUGAUGAUUUAUACGAUCCACAAUGCACAGUGUAAAAGAGCAUGUGUACUGUGUGAUAAACUGUAUGAGGUUCUGUCAAAGUAUAAUCGAAAAACAAGAUGCGCAUGUCUUAAUACAUGUAAAUGUACUCGAUACAUUUUCCCCCUAUAUCUGUUAUGGCAUAAUAUUGUUUUCUAGCGGACCAAUACAGAAUCCAUAACAAACGCUGAUUAUUAUUUUUUUUUCUUUCUAAAGGUAUUAAGAAGCACAAUUUAUACAAUGGGUAUUAUUUGAGUCUUUUGUCUUCGAUUCUGUAUGCAAUACAAACAUGGAAAGAAAACGCCUUAGAACAUUAUCACUUCCUCUCCUGUGUAAGUAGAGAAAAAGAUAUUGCACUAUUUUUUUUCUUUUUGAUGUCUGCUUUGUAAUGCAAUAAAUGCACUAUAGGUAGAACAAUAAUUGCAGUGGACACUUAAUUGGUCCUCAGGCGUGAUGUAGGUACACUUUCUCUCUUUCUCUCGCCCCUUCAUCUUUCUGACAACACAAAAAAUAAAAUCCUGCCUGAUGCUGUAUAUGCUUUCUAUUUAAAGAAAAUGCCACUAAUUAUAAUAAAAAAACAAAACAUUUUCUGUACUUUUAACAGUC